UAGCUGUUCUGAGUUUGAAAUGUUUGUUUACAUUAGUUUUGUUACCUGAACCUAUAAAAAUAAUUAUAGAUACUUAUCACUUGAUCAACUUAAACACGACAUAAUAUUGUUUAAAAUAAUAUGUAUUUAAAACAUUUAAUGUUAAUGUUAAACAUGGGGUUACAUGCCGUUUUCAUCCGUGCAUUGUCAAAACAUCCACUCGUUCUUAUCGUUUCGUUUGACGGAUUUCGAUAUAAUUAUUUUAAUAAAAACGUUACGCCAACUCUCGAAUCUCUCAAGUUAAAUGGAACAUAUACUAUGUACAUGAAAAAUGUUUUUCAAACCAAAACGUUUCCAAAUCACCAUUCGAUUGCUACUGGUGUUUACCCAGAAGUACACGGUGUACUGGCACCUCAAGUGUAUGAUCCAAAGUAUAAAACAAUAUUGAAGUACAGCUAUGAGUUGUGGCACUACAACGAAGAUAUUUUACCAAUUUGGAUAGUGAACGAGAAAGCCGGGGAUGGCCGUCACAGCGGUACCAUGAUGUGGCCUGGGAGUGACUUCAAGUACCAGGACACGAGCCCCACAUUUCAAAUGAACUUCAACGUGUCUGUGCCGUGGGAGCGGCGCGUCGACACAGCGCUCGAGUGGUUCCUUGACCCCGUCACGCCGGCCAACCUCGUCAUGCUGUACGUGGAGGAGCCGGAUGCCAGUGCGCACGUGUUCGGCCCCGAGUCCCAGCAAGUCCUCAAACAGAUCGCGAAGGUGGACUCCCUGACGGGCUAUCUGCGGGAGCGUCUGCGCGCCGCCGGGUUGCUCGGCCUGAUGAACGUGUUCCAAGUGAGCGACCACGGCAUGGACACGGUCUCGCUGGACCGCAUCAUCAACCUCACCGGCCUGGUGGACAGCUCCACCUACGAGCUGGACGGCGUCUCGCCGGUCCUUGGCCUCAUCCCCGUCCCAGGUGCGGAGGACCAGAUCUACGCGGCCUUGAAGAACGCCUCGCUCCGGGAGCACUUCGAGGUGUACAGGCGGGCGGAGGUGCCGGAGCGGUGGCACUUCGCCCGCAACCGGCGCGCCCCGCCCCUGCUCGCCGUCGCCGACGAGGGCUACGCCUUCGACGACUUCUUCGCGUCCCGGGACCGCUACAUCCACCACUACAACGUCUCACCCUCGGCCAACGUGACGUUCGGGAUGCACGGCUACGACAACUCGCAGCUGGACAUGCUGCCCUUCUUCCUGGCGUGGGGGCCGGCCGUGAGGCGCGGCCACACGGUCCCGCCCUUCGACACGGUCGACCUCUUCCCGCUGUGGGCGCACCUGCUGGGCGUCGCCUGCCCGCCGGGCAACGGCUCCUUGGAGCACGUCCGCGGCAUCCUGGCGGCCGGCCCCCCGUCCCUACUCGCGGCUUACAUUAUUACGUUGGUGGUUGCUGUUGCGUUCGCUGCCGUUGUGGUAGCGUUUGUGUUGUACAGAAGAAACAAACAGGGCUUCAUGGUUUUGUCCUACAGGAAGAUGGGCGAUUUGGCAGACGCGGGCCCCGAGGACAUGAUUGAAGGUCAGCAUCUCCUCAGCAUCGCUGAAGAUUAGUGAUUUCAAGGUCACGAGUACACGUUGGGUAAACGAUCACAUGAAAGGUUGUUAUGUAUUUUCUUAGAUCUGUACGUCUGUAAAAUUUGUGAUACAGUUUAACGCUUGAGACGAGGCAGACUCUUUGAGGGGAAUAUAGCAUACCUUUAUUUCCUUUGGAAUUACUGCUUUGCUUUUAAUAGAUUUAAAAAAAAAAAUUAUUUAAAAAAAAAGCAUGGAGCAGACAGGAAUGAACUGUUCUCUGCUGUGCUGUAUUAACAGUGAUGAGUUGAGCUUGGCUCCAUUAUGGCUUAUUGAUAUACAAGAUUUUAUGGUGAUAUUUUUUAGGCCAUAUUUUGUUUUGGAAACAGAGUAUCUUGGUCGUAUUAUUUUUAUAAAUUUUUGUUUAUUCAUUAAGAUAGUGUAUGAUUAAACUAACAUGACACUUAAAUUCUAAAUAUUUAGUCUGCCAAAAUAGAGCAGUUUUACCUGUGAUAAUAUACACAUUAUUACAAUAAAAUAAUUUGUAAUAAGAACGACUAGAACAGAACUACUCGCAACAAUGAAAAAAAAAAUCAUCACAUUUUGUGUGUUUGAAAAAGGUACAAAUUUAAGUAAUUUAACAACAUAUUGAUUGUAAUUAACUUUUUCCUAUUUUUUGUUGAUAUAUUUUGUUAAAAUAUCAUGUUAAAAUAAUUACAUUCUUUGAAUUUGAUACAUUAAAAGAUUUCAAUUUCAUAA